AUGGCUGAUCCGAUGCAGGAGGUCAUUCCUGGACUGUGGAUCGGCGACUACAACGCCAGCCAGGACCACAACCUGCUCAAGGAGCGCAACAUCUCGUGCAUCGUCUCGGGCAUGCGCCAGGAGUACGCCGCCGCGCCCGGCAUCGACCUGCAUCGCGUCUCCGUCGACGACACCGACUCGACCAACAUCCUCGAACACUUUGUCCCGACCGCAGACUUCAUCGAUGCCGCUCUCCGAAAGGGGCAGAACGUCCUCGUACAUUGUCAGGCGGGCGUCUCGCGGUCGACGACGCUCCUCGCGGCGUACUUGAUGCGGAACCACGGAUUGAACGUCGAGCAGGCGGUCGAGCGGAUCCGCUCUGUCAGGCCGCAGGUCGAGCCAAGCGAGUUCUUCAUGAUGCAGCUCGAGCUCUUUGAGCGCUGUCAGUGCGAGUGGGACCCUGUCAAGUGGCCUGAGGAGCGGCGCUUCCUCAUGUCCUUUGCGCAGGCGCAGAUCACGGGAGGAGCGCCGCCCUCCAUCGUGCUCGCCUACUAUCCCUCCCCUUCACAGACGCCCAACACGCCUCCCGGCACCCGAAGCGUCUCCAUGUCAUCCAUGUCGUCGCAACAAAUCUCUCCCCCUCCUUCGCCUCACACCUCCACCUCUCCAACCCCUCUCGAACCCUCCCUCCCUCCAUCCGAAAUCAUCUCCUCCUCCUCUACCCUCGCUCCCGCUAUCCCCACUCUCGCACCUCCACCAGCUCGCAAGCGCCUCACGCCUCGCAAGACAGACUCGGAUUUCGGGAGGGAAAAGCAGGCGGAGAAGGCGGAGAUUGAGAAGAUUGGAUCGAGAGGGGAGGUGGUUGUGUCGGGUCGGAGGAUCAGGUGCAAGAUGUGCAGACGAGAACUCGCGGCUCGCGAACACAUCGUCGCGCACGAACUCGGAAAAGGACAGCAAGCAUUCGCCCCAAAUAGGCGGGACAUGGCCGCCUAUCGCGCCGAGCAAGAACAGCGCCGCCAGGACCUCUCGAAGCCGUCGCAACCGGUUUCGGCUGCGGCGCCUUCAGCUGCAGCGGCGGCGAGUCCGCCCGUCAAUCCGCUUGCGGCGUUGAGGAUCUCGCAGCCGAUUGCUGGGAACAGAGUCGUCCAGCCGAGACCGUCGAGUAUUCCAAGACCGCAGCCUGUCGCGCGACCUCAGCCUCGACAGGCGCAGCCGCCAUCCGACGCGCCCAUUGAGGCCAGUACGAGCAAGUCGACCUCUGAAGCAGCUUCUGCACCGGCUGCCGCAGCGUCACCCGCCGACUCCGCCGCCCCUCCGCCCGACCGCGACAUCUCCCUUUUCCCCUCCACCACCACCUCCUCCUCUGCCGCUCCUUCCGCCCAGUCCUCCGCUCCCUCGAACACCACCUCCUCCGACCCGCCUCUCCUCCCCUCCCCCGCCUGCUCCUCCUACUUCGUCGAGCCCCUGAGCUGGAUGUCGCCCAUCCUCGAAACGGGCGUUUUGGCGGGAAAGAUCACCUGUCCGAGUAAGAAGUGUGGCGCGAAGCUGGGCAACUUUGAUUGGGCUGGCACGCAGUGCUCGUGCGGAGCUUGGGUCUGCCCAGGCUUUGCGCUCAACGUCUCUCGCGUCGACGAAGUCGCAGGGUAG